AUGAACGAAAAAGUGACAAACGAUCUUAAAGACAUCAUGAAAAUGUUAAUAGAUUUACCAAGCAUCAACGAGGCAGUGCGUAUUCAAAAGAAAAUCCAAGACGGCCUAAUUGAAGAUAAGCAGAUUUACGAAGAAUUUUCUAGCUAUGGUAACGAACUCGACGAGCACAUGCAUACUAUAUACAAUUGUGCUUGUGAAACGGGCAUAUCCCAUUUGCAACUACUAGAUACCCUUCUGCAGACAUUAAAAAUCACCACUGCUCAAUACUACGUUUCGAGAAUUUUAAUCUAUAAUUUCCUAGAUAUUCACAAUGAAAAACCAAUUCACAAUGAAAGAAAAAAAGAUUUAACCGAGAGGGUCCAACAAGAAUUUAGACACGCGGUUUUACAGUUUAAGAAAGUUAUGAAUAAUUCAUCUCGAGAGUUUUGGUCCUGUGACUACAGAGAUUACUCAGGAGAUGCAAGAUAUCAAGACAAAAAUGAUUUCGAAUACUAGGAACUGAUGCCCUUCCGAAAAUACUUUAUAACUGAAGGUAAUUUCGGAUAUAUCGGUUAUGACUGUAGCUUAAAGUGUCCUUAUAUACACAAGAUGGAUGGUUGUGGCAAGGGUGAACAUUUUUGUAAAUCUAAUCGAAUCUGUAAAAACAGACUCGUUGUUUGUGAAAAAAUACAUCGUAACUAUAGGAAAGGCACUGCAGUCUGUCUCAAUAAAGAUGCGAAUUCCCAAUCCAGAUUCAAAGCUAUUGUUCCUAAUAAAAGGGAAUACACGGACGAUUUAUACUGUCUUGAUAAAGAAGCUGAAUUGACAACAUUGUUGGAUCAUUUUGUUGCAACACCUUUCAGUUUUUACUCCUGUGACUACUGUGGUUGUGCGUGUGAAGGAAAAUCAAUACUUGGUAAAUUUUGACUAUAAUUUAGCCGACGCCCGCAGCAACAAGUAAGAACCAGUUUUGCACAUACAAAUACACGAAAACUUCAUCAAAUAUUACUUGCGCAUGAUCUGAAUUUUCAUAAUCAUCACCGGAGCUAGAUUGAG